CGUGCGCUUCCGGAGGCUGCCGAAAGAGGGCGCGGGCGGCUCCGAGGCUGCUCCUUUAGGCAGCUAGGCGGGCCGCAGGGCGGAGCGACGGGAUCUGGCGAGAUUCUCGCGCGGUAGGUGCGCGCUGGGGGGUUCAGCAUGGCGGACUCAGGGCGGCUUUUCAAGCGGGGUUCCUGCCGCUCUACUUGGCUGCGGGCCCGAAAGGCCCGGCCGCAGCUCAUCCUCAGCCGCCGACCCCGCCGCCGGCUCUGGACCCUGCGUUGGUGCAGUCGGCGGCGCCUACGGAGGCGACUACUGCAAGCCCAGGCUGCCGGCGUGGACUGGAGGGAGGGAGUCCGCCAGGUGUCCCGCGUGGCGGCGGCCCGGGGACCCAAGACCGCGAUCCCUAGCCCGACCCCGGCCUCCGAACCCGAAUUCGAAUUCGAACUCGCCUCGCGUUGUCCCCGGCUUCUCCCCAUCCCGCCGGUGCGGCCAGUGGGUCCUGGCCGCGCGUUGCUGCUGCUGCCGGUCGAACAGGGUUUUACUUUUAGUGGCAUCUGUCGUGUGACUUGCCUCUACGGCCAGGUGCAGGUAUUUGGUUUUACCAUCAGCCAAGGCCAGCCUGCGCAAGACAUCUUCUCUGUGUAUACCCACUCUUGCCUGACUAUCAAUGCACUUCAUUACUCGAUGCCUGAGAAGAGCAAGAAGGAACUCAAAAGGGAAGCCCGGAUGUUGCUCAAGUCUCAUCUUAACCUGGAUGACAGGCGUUGGUCGAUGAAGAAUUUUUCUCCUCUGUGUUCCAUUGUGUUGCUGGAACAUCUGAAAACUACCACCGUGAACUUCAUAACCAGCUAUCCAGGUGCAUCCUACAUUUUUGUGCAAGAGAGUCCAUCACCCCAGGUUCAUCCUGAACAUUUAGCCUUGAGGUCUGUUGGCAUCAGAAAAGAGAAAAAAAAGAAAGGCCUUCAGUUAACUGAGAGUACCCUGUCAGCCCUGGAAGAGGUAGUCAGUGCUUCCUGUGAAGAAGUAGAUGGCUGCCCUGUCAUUCUGGUUUGUGGAUCCCAGGAUGUUGGAAAGUCAACAUUUAAUAGAUACCUGAUUAACCAGUUGUUAAAUAGUCUUCCCUGCGUUGACUAUUUGGAAUGUGAUCUGGGACAGACAGAAUUUACCCCUCCUGGUUGCAUUUCUUUACUUAAUGUUACAGAACCAGUUCUGGGACCACCUUUCACGCACCUGAGGACACCACAGAAGAUGGUAUAUUAUGGGAAACCUUCUUGUAAAAACAACUUUGAGAAUUAUAUUGACGUAAUAAAAUAUGUGUUCAGUGCUUACAAGAGAGAGUCCCCUCUCAUCAUCAACACUAUGGGAUGGGUUUCAGACCAGGGGCUCCUGCUUCUCAUUGAUCUGAUCCGAUUGCUGUCUCCCAGCCACGUGGUUCAGUUCAGCUCUGACCACAGUAAAUGCAUGCCAGACCUUACCCCGCAGUAUGUAGAUGACAUAGACGGCUUGUACACAAAAAGCAAGACCAAGAUGAGAAAUCGAGGUUUCAGACUUGUGGAAUUUGCAGACGCUUUGGAAUUUGCUGAUGAAGAAAAAGAGAUUCCAGUUGAGUUCACUGGACAUAAACUGAUAUCCGUUUAUACGGAUUUUGCAUUCAGAAUAACCCCAAGAAAUAGAGAAUUACAUAACAAAAUUCUUCGAGAGCUGUCUGUCUUGAGUUACCUUAGCCAGCUGCAGCCCCCGAUGCCAAAACCACUUACUCCUUUACAUAGCCUGACACCCUAUCAGGUCCCUUUUAAUGCAGUUGCACUCCGGAUUACCCACUCUGAUGUCGCCCCUACCCAUAUACUGUAUGCUGUGAAUGCCAGCUGGGUUGGUCUUUGCAAGAUCCAGGAUGACGUCAGAGGAUACACGAAUGGGCCCAUCCUGCUUGCCCAGACUCCGAUAUGUGACUGCUUGGGGUUUGGCAUCUGUAGAGGCAUUGACAUGGAGAAGCGGCUGUACCACAUCCUCACCCCUGUGCCCCCAGAAGAGCUAAAGACCGUGAAUUGUCUGCUCGUUGGAGCUAUUGCCAUUCCUCAUUGUGUCCUUAAGUGCCAGCGUGGGGUCGAAGGGAUAGUACCUUAUGUCACAACGGAUUACAAUUUUAAACUUCCUGGAGCAUCGGAGAAAAUUGGAGCAAGAGAACCUGAGGAGGCACAUAAAGAGAAACCAUACCGAAGGCCCAAGUUCUACCGAAAAAUGAAGUGAUGCUCGUGUUUUUACUAAGGGAAGAAACUUUCCUGCCAGAAAGCCUUGUCUCAAGCCUGACCACAAGAGGCAUGAUGGAGUUUCACGGCCAUGAAUGGCGUCCUUAUUAACAACAGUGUUUUCUGUGUAAUUCGUGAAUGUCAUAUAGUAGUCUUAAGUUUCUCUUUUAAAGCUGCAUGAGCUAGAAUUUGCUCUAGUCUUCUGUGAGCUACUUAUACUUGUCUGGUGUGCUUUCCAGAGGGAGUAAAAUGGCAGGAAACAGUUUAUGUGCCAUUAAAACAGACAUUCCUCAGAAAGUUCUUCAAGGACCUGGUUAUUAGAAUCAGGAUAAAAAUAAGGAAACUGGGGCCAUAACAAUGUACCGAGAAGGAAGGAAGAAGGUCGGCCUGCAGUAUCUCAAGCAUCAUGGAUACAAGGGCUCGCCGCGUGCAGGCCUGGGGGCCGGUGGUCUGCCUCCUUGGAGCCAGUGUGAAUGGUCACAGCCCUGAGGUGGUCAUUUCAUCCCAGUCCAUUUGGUACGAUUGUACUUGGUCUACAUUCAAUCAAGGUUUAAUAGAUAGGGCCAGGCAUGGUGGCUCACUCACACGCCUGUAAUCCUAGCACUUUAGGAGGCUGAGGCCAGAGGAUUACUUGAGCCUCAGAGUUCCACGUUGGAGUACACCAGCUAUUCCAGCCUAAGCAACAGAGUAAGACCUUAUCUCUCAAAAAGGAAAAGAAAAAUUUAAACGUGUUUAAUAGAUAAGUUUGGAGUCCAGAGCCCUUCUUUUUUUUUAAUCCUGUGGUUUAAUGCUGAGGAAAUUGCUUUGAAAUCUGGAAAACCUUUUCUGGAGGCUUUUUUUUUUUUGAGACGGAGUUUCACUCUUGUUACCCAGGCUGGAGUGCAAUGGCGUGAUCUCGGCUCACCACAACCUCUGCCUCCUGGGUUCAGGCAAUUCUCCUGCCUCAGCCUCCUGAGUAGCUGGGACUACAGACACACGCCACCAUGCCCAGCUAAUUUUUUGUAUUUUUAGUAGGGACGGGGUUUCACUAUGUUGACCAGGAUGGUCUCGAUCUCUUGACCUCAUGAUCCACCCGCCUCGGCCUCCCAAAGUGCUGGGAUUACAGGCUUGAGCCACCGCACCCGGCCUUCUGGAGGCUCUUAAAAAGAUUGGUCCAAAUUGACUUCUGAUCUGAGGCUGAAGACAACCACAGGGCAGAGCUGGAGACUAGGCUGUUUGGAAGAAGGACUGGCAGACCAGCUCUUGGGAAAGCUCCGCUUAUGCUUGUGGGAGGCUGGACCUGAAUCUGCACCUGUGAACAGCUCUGCUAUUUAGAGCUUUCUUUCGGGGGUGCUAGAGGCUGUUGGCCAGAUGGUCAUUCUUCAUGUUCUUUGUGGAGCUUCCGGCCCUCUGUCCUUUAGGUUGGAAGUGGUUUGUAUAAACAUGUGAUGGGACCAGGUCGCAACGUUGUUGUGUUGCAGGCAGCAGGAUACUUACUGGGGCUGAGGUUCAAACUGGUAUUGUGGCCACCACUUUGUCAGAAUUUCAUCUUCCCAGCACCAUCACCUUGUAAGACUGUUACUAGGAUGUGUGGGUUUUAACAGUCUAUUCAAUUAAACUUGGUUAUUAUUGUCUUUAGUAUUUUAUGGUGGCCCCUCAGCAUCUCUUAGACCCAACAGCAGAAGGCUUAAAAUAAGCACAGGAAGCCUUGCUACUGUGAUUUGUUUUGAUGCCUUUGAGACCAUGGUUUUGGCUUCUCAGUUGCUUCUUAUUUACAUUGAAACCUAGCUCUUUCACAUCAUGUUUUACUCUGUCGGCCUUGUGAAGAAUUUUAAGACAAUCCACCACCAUCAGCUUUUUCCCUUUCUCCAGUUCCUUGUAUCUUCACAGAGAUACUCAUGCAGGUCAUUCCCAGCAAGGCUCUGGAAGAAUGAAACUGGUGCCCUAUAAUUGCAUUUGCAUUAAACCUAGAUUUGCCUUUAGCCUUUAAAUGCGGGCCUGUAUGAAGGUCAAGUCUUUCUUCAGUCCCUGUCAGUAAAUAAAAAAACGUUGCCCCUAGAGGGAGCUGUCAGCUGUUGGUCAGGUGGCCGUACUGGGGCUGGAGUUGGCCCAGGGAGCUAUAGGGGCUUAGAGAAGGAGGUUCGCAGAUCCGGGAGACUGGGCCGCAGUCAGCUCUAGCUUGUGCCGGUCAGACCUGGAGCAGCCUCGUUCCCUGGGGAUGACUGUUCAUUCCAUUAUUAAUGGCAGUGGCCUCUCUUCUCUCUUCUCCUCUUCUUUUUUCUUCUUUUCUUUUCUUCUCUUUUCUGAGACAGAGUUUGGCUCUUGUUGCCCAGGCUGGAGUACAGUGGUGCAGUCUCGGCUCACUGCAACCUCUACCUCCUGGGUUCAAGUGAUUCUCUUGCCUCAGCCUCCUGAGUAGCUGAGAUUACAGGCAUGCGCCACCAUGCCCAGCUAAUUUUGUAUUUUUAGUAGACGGGGUUUCACCAUGCUGGUCAGGCUGAUUUUGAACUCCUGACCUCAGGUGAUCUACCGACUUCGGCCUCCCAAAGUGUUGGGAUUACAGGAGUGAGCCACUGCGCCCAGCUAAUGGACAUUCAGAGGAAGAACAAGAUUGGACUGUUUUUCCACAGUCCAUUGUGGGUUGGAUUGGUUAGCAAGGAGUUCUCCAUUGGAGCUAUUUUUUACAAAAACAUAGUGUUUUCUUUUUUUGUUUUUUGAGAUAGAGUCUUGCUUUGUCACCAAGGCUGGAGUGCAGUGGCAAGAUCUCAGAUCACUGCGACCUCUGCCUUCUGGUUCAAGCAAUUCUCCUGCCUCAGCCUCCCAAGUAGCUGGGAUUACAGGUGCAUACCACUACACCUGGCUAAUUUUUGUAUUUUUUGCAGAGAUGGGUUUUCACCUUAUUGGUCAGGCUGGUCUCGAACUCCUGACCUCAGGGGAUCUGCCUGCCUCAGCCUCCCAAACUGCUGAGAUUACAGGCGUGAGCCACUGUGCCCGGCCUUCUUAAUAAUUUUUGUAUGUCAUUUCCAAAGUAUCCCAAGUAGCUGGAAUUACAGGCAUCUGCCACCACACCUGGCUAAUUUUUUUUGUAUUUAUAGUAGGGAUGGGGUUUCACUAUGUUGGCCAGGCUGAUCUCGAACUCAUGACCUUGUGAUUUGCCCACCUUGGCCUCCCAAAGUGAUGGGAUUACAGGCGUGAGCCACCAUGCCUGGCUUAUGCACAUGCUUAUUUUAAGAAAAUGUAGAAAUAGGCAACUUAAAAAGUGAAAAGUGACCUCUGUCUCCUGGGUUCAAGCGAUUCUCCUGCCUCAGCCUCCCGAGUAGUUGGGAUUACAGGUGCACACCACCAUGCCCGGCUAAUUUUGUAUUUUAAGUAGAGAUUGGGUUUCCCCAUGUUGGUCAGGCUGGUCUCAAACUUCCAACCUCAGGUGAUCUACCCGCCUUGGCCUCCCAAAGUGCUGGGAUUACAGGCAUGAGCCAGUGCGCCUGGCCUACUUUUAAAAUUUUAUAAGCAGCUUACAAAUGUAGAAAAUGAUCCUCCAGCCCUCCACCACAUCAUAUGUAAUCACGGACACCAUGAAUUGUGUCUGCUGGGGAUAUUCUGUGUUUGUGUCUGUGUAUGUGUGCACGUGUAUUUUACAAAACAUGUAUAGUUUCUGUCCAGCUCUUUUCAGUUAACUGAUGAACUUCUGUAUCAUUAAAUAUUUUUGAGAACAUGAA